AUGGUGCAGGCCGGCAUGCCUCAAGGCUCAAUGGCCGGCCUCGACUUCGCCGGCAUCGUCAUCUCAAAAGGCGCGAAUGUGUCUUCAGACAUACACCCAGGAGACCGAGUAUGCGGCGUGGCCUUUGGAUAUAACAACAACAACGAAGCCACAGGCGCGUUCGCGGAGUACGUCGUCGCCGAGGAGCAUCUGCUCUUCCGCAUACCAGACAGCAUCUCCUUCCAAGAGGCCGCAACAUUCCCCUGCGGUCUCCUCACAGGCGGCAUGGUCCUUCACAACACCAUGAAGCUCAAGACCGCGCCCGCAGAUGGCGAUCGCCAUGUCUUGGUAUACGGCGGCAGCACCGCGUCCGGCCUCUUCAUGAUCCAACUACUAAGACAGUGCGGCUUCAUCCCCAUCGUCACCUGCUCCCCGCACAACUUCCCCCUCGUCAAAUCCACCGGCGCCGCCGCCGCCUUCGACUACACCUCCCCGACCUGCGCCGCCGACAUCCGCGCCCUCACCGCCGACCGCCUCGCCCACGCCGCCGACUGCAUCACCACCCCAGACUCCAUGCGCAUCUGCUACGAGGCCCUCGGCGCCGCGGGCGGCCGCUACGUCGCGCUCGACAGCUUCCCUAUCGCAAGCCACUCGCGCCGCGCGGUCCGGCCGUCCUGGGUCUUCGCGAUGAGCGCCUUCGGAUCCACCGUUGAUUGGGUCGCGCCGUACAAGUGCGGGGCGUCCCCGGCGGACCGGGAGUUCGCGGCCGCGUGGACCAGGGAGGUGGCCGCGCUCGUGGGGGCGGGGGAGGUGAGGCCGCUGCGGUACCGUGUCGUGGGGGAGACGCUCGACGAUGUUGGGCAAGGGCUGGAGGAGCUGCGGAGCGGGCGGGUUUCAGGCACGAAGCUUGUGUGUGUUGUGGACAAGUCCAUGGUAUGA